AUGAAUUUCGGCAACUUCUUCCGCAACAUCUCCACUGACAAGAGCAGUGGCAACAGAGGCGGUACCACCAGCAGCGGUAGUGCAGGUGGAGGAGGAGGCAGAGACGGUGGGGGCAGCAUUUUUGCUGCACCAAGUCGUCUGUUCGAGUCCAUCAACGCGAAGACAGAGAGCAUUGUCUCCGACUUCAGCCACAAAGUCGACUUGGCCAACAAGCUGGACACGAUCAAGAAGUACUCCUCCAUCGAUAAGAUUGGCCAGAGUGUACUCGGCACCACAUUUCAAUCCAAGCCAUCCAACCAACCUCCCGAUGACCCCACUAGGGUGCCAGCUCAGACAUCACAGAAUCAGGAGGAUUCCUAUUCACCCCCUUCCCAACAAACGCAACAGCGCCAGCAGCAGCAGCAGCAGCAACAACAACAACAACAACAGCUGCAAGAAGAAGAAGAAGAAGCAUGCCAAGGCAACCGAAGUGAGCAGUCGGGAGCAUGGUCGGCAGACUACUACAACCCACAUUCUAUCUCCACUCCCACCGACAUUUCCAAUGGCACACGCAGUUUGCAUGACUUCUCAGGUCACACCAACCAACCACCGCAUACAACAAGCUAUGAAUAUCACCCACGAGGAGGAUACAGCAUUCGUGAGCGGGAGACACAGGAGUCACCAAAAUCACAUCCACCAAAUCGAGCAUCUCAGCACAGAUUCGGUGUGGAUAAUUUCGGACGAUCUGAUGUAGAGCAUAACAGGGCGAGAAUGUCAACAGAACAGGAGGCUACGCAGCCAACAAGGGAGGUGGUUUCACAAGGCAGGGAGUCAUUCAGUGAGCCUCCAUGUGGAGGCGCGAGAGCUAAUCCAGGUGAAGUGAGUGCGUGGCAAACCGAUUCACGGUUUGCAUCACAAGCUUGUCAACUGUCAAGUGGUGAAAGUGCUGAAGAAAGACGUCACGAGAAUCCCUUCAACAAGGGAGGGUCUGUGGACAUGGGCACAAGUAGGAAGGAGACUGCAGUUUCUAUCAUGCGUCAGAAUACGACUCCGGGAUUUCGUCCUCCCAGACCACCACCACCUCGAUCUCGUUCCGGAUCUGCGUCUGAAUCUGUGUCUGGCUCUGUGUCUGUGUCUGGGUGUGGUUCCCAGUCACUGCUGAUUGAAAGUGCAAGGAAGGUGUCGUUGACGGAGGAGGUGAGCGCCAAGCAGCCAUCUUCAGUGCUGCACUCAAUCACCACAUCAGUCCUCUACGAGGAGGUUGACGAGCCGUUGAAGAGUGCAGUUGCUCCACCGCUGUCAGAGGAGAUUGGCUACCUCACCCGUCUACAAUGCCAGCAGAUUGUGUCCGCGGUGGAUGAUAUGAUUGCCGAAGACAUUGAUGUCAGUCACGACUAUGAGUCAGUGAAGGAGACUGAGCCUUAUCGACGGCAGGAAUCUCAGUCUCACAAUUACUGGCAAGACACAUCACACGGGGGAUCGGAGCUGCACGAUACACAGACUGUUGAGAGCAGACCACAAGAAGUGAGCACUUACUACGUGACGGAGCCAGAUGACACGACACCGUCGAAGCAGGCGACCGAUGACACACCGUUGUCGUGUCAACCCUCGUACGUGGAGCGGGAAGAGGGGAGGUUGGAGGAGGAGGAGGAGGAGGAGGAUGGGGAGGAAGGAAUGGAGAGUGAGGUGACGGAGGUAAAGGAAGAGAAUGAGGUGGAUGAGAAUGCCCAUGAUUAUGGGUACGAGGAUGAGGAGGAGAAGAAGAGGGGGAGGGAGGACGAGGUAAUGAUGGAGACUGGGAAAGGCAGAAGCGGUGCCAGCACAGACGAUUGGCACGGGAAUUACGGCUCUGAGAGACACGAUUUCACGGAUGAGGAGGAUGAGGAUGAAGAUGAGGACGAGGAGGAGGAGGAGGAGAGGGAGGAGGUGGAGGAGGAAGGAGAAGAGGAGGGAAGGCGAACAGAGGGUUAUCCUCCCACCUCACAUAAUGUGGGUUCGAAAGGGAAAGUUGGCACGUCUGACGAUUCACUCAAACCCUUCAUCACCGAAUACGUACAAGAACUGGUCACUGGAAAUGAGAUCGAGUUGGAUGCCAAAAACGAGGCGUUCAAAGGAUACAUGCUGGUGAGUUUGACCGCCUUUACCCUCGAAUGUGGCACAGAUCAGGAGAGAGUCUCUACUUCUGCCAGAUCCCCAUACCUUAGGCACAAGUCCACCUACCUACCUACCUACCUGGCUCCCAGUGGACAGACACCACAGGGUCGCGAGCUCUUCUCCAAGGUCGUUGAACUGCAGGGUGCGUACUCGGGUGGACGCCUCGACGAGAACGGACUGCGAGCGUUGCUGAGUCGAGUCGUCUUCGUGCUCACAGAGUGUCACAAGUGGGAGGAUUUCGUUCCCGCUAAACGACUUCUCACCACCUCCCUCGUCUACCACAUUGAAGAUCCCAUGAAGGUCGGUGAGAAGGUCUUCCUCUUCUCCUACAUCAAAAGUCAGCCUAUUUGGCAUUCGCUGCGAUUUUGGAAUGCCUGCUUCUUCCAGUCGGUGCAGGAGACGCGAGCCAAGAUGAUGGAUCAAAUGAGUGGUAGUGGUAGUGGUGGUCAUGGCGGUGGUGACGAUGGCGGCGGUGGUGGCGGUGGCGGAGGGCAGAUUAGAUUAGUAUCUGACACGGAGAUCGACCAUGCCAUCACUGACCAAAUAAGGUCAUACCUCAACACUAUGCAGGUCUUCAAUCUCCACGCAACCAUGCGAUACGAGUUUCUUCGCAAGCAAGGCGACCUAUUCAAUCUUCCUCAAGAAUCCGCUUUUCCCUAUCCCAUGCGCUAUCCUCUGCGUUCUCUAUCCCAAACAAAGCACAUCACUAACUACCGUCAAAUCACGUGUUUAACCCUUUGGUUUGCCAGUCAUGUCACCAGUGAUGUAGUCGUCCAUGGACUGCGACGCACGUCUUCGCUCAACGCUAUCCAGAUUCGAAGUCACCACAUCACGUGCACUGGUAGUGAGGCAAACACGCCAUCACGCAAUCACGCAGUCACGCAAACACAAACCACACAAUCCGGCAAACCCUUCAUCACCGAAUACGUACAAGAACUGGUCACUGGAAAUGAGAUCGAGUUGGAUGCCAAAAACGAGGCGUUCAAAGGAUACAUGCUGGUGAGUUUGACCGCCUUUACCCUCGAAUGUGGCACAGAUCAGGAGAGAGUCUCUACUUCUGCCAGAUCCCCAUACCUUAGGCACAAGUCCACCUACCUACCUACCUACCUGGCUCCCAGUGGACAGACACCACAGGGUCGCGAGCUCUUCUCCAAGGUCGUUGAACUGCAGGGUGCGUACUCGGGUGGACGCCUCGACGAGAACGGACUGCGAGCGUUGCUGAGUCGAGUCGUCUUCGUGCUCACAGAGUGUCACAAGUGGGAGGAUUUCGUUCCCGCUAAACGACUUCUCACCACCUCCCUCGUCUACCACAUUGAAGAUCCCAUGAAGGUCGGUGAGAAGGUCUUCCUCUUCUCCUACAUCAAAAGUCAGCCUAUUUGGCAUUCGCUGCGAUUUUGGAAUGCCUGCUUCUUCCAGUCGGUGCAGGAGACGCGAGCCAAGAUGAUGGAUCAAAUGAGUGGUAGUGGUAGUGGUGGUCAUGGCGGUGGUGACGAUGGCGGCGGUGGUGGCGGUGGCGGAGGGCAGAUUAGAUUAGUAUCUGACACGGAGAUCGACCAUGCCAUCACUGACCAAAUAAGGUCAUACCUCAACACUAUGCAGGUCUUCAAUCUCCACGCAACCAUGCGAUACGAGUUUCUUCGCAAGCAAGGCGACCUAUUCAAUCUUCCUCAAGAAUCCGCUUUUCCCUAUCCCAUGCGCUAUCCUCUGCGUUCUCUAUCCCAAACAAAGCACAUCACUAACUACCGUCAAAUCACGUGUUUAACCCUUUGGUUUGCCAGUCAUGUCACCAGUGAUGUAGUCGUCCAUGGACUGCGACGCACGUCUUCGCUCAACGCUAUCCAGAUUCGAAGUCACCACAUCACGUGCACUGGUAGUGAGGUUAACAAACAGAAUAUCCCCUCAAGUGCCUUCAUUCGUUAA